AUGAGAGAAAUCUUACACAUUCAAGGAGGCCAAUGCGGGAACCAAAUCGGUUCAAAAUUCUGGGAAGUAAUUUGUGAUGAACACGGCAUAGAUCCAACGGGACGUUACAAUUCUGAUAAUGCAGGUGCAUCUGAUCUACAACUUGAACGGAUUAAUGUGUAUUUCAAUGAAGCUACUGCUGGUCGUUUUGUACCUAGAGCUGUUCUUAUGGAUCUCGAACCUGGUACUAUGGAUAGUAUUAGAUCUGGUCCUUAUGGACAAAUUUUUCGCCCUGAUAAUUUUGUUUUUGGACAAUCUGGUGCUGGAAAUAAUUGGGCAAAAGGACAUUAUACAGAAGGCGCUGAAUUGAUUGAUUCUGUUCUCGAUGUUGUUCGUAAAGAGGCUGAGUACUGUGACUGCAUGCAAGGAUUUCAGGUUUGUCACUCACUUGGAGGAGGGACUGGUUCCGGCAUGGGAACUCUCUUAAUUUCAAAGAUAAGGGAAGAGUAUCCAGAUCGAAUGAUGCUCACCUUCUCUGUUUUUCCAUCUCCAAAGGUUUCAGACACUGUUGUCGAACCAUACAAUGCUACACUUUCUGUGCACCAAUUAGUAGAGAACGCUGAUGAAUGUAUGGUCCUCGACAAUGAAGCCCUCUACGACAUCUGUUUUAGGACUCUAAAGCUCACUAAUCCAACUUUUGGUGACCUAAAUCAUUUGAUAUCUGCAACAAUGAGUGGUGUUACAUGUUGUCUGCGAUUUCCCGGUCAGCUGAACUCAGACUUGAGAAAAUUGGCUGUGAAUCUAAUCCCGUUCCCACGUCUUCAUUUCUUCAUGGUGGGAUUCGCACCACUGACAUCUCGUGGAUCACAGCAAUACAGUUCCCUCACAGUUCCAGAGCUUACACAACAAAUGUGGGAUGCUAAGAAUAUGAUGUGUGCAGCUGACCCUCGUCAUGGACGUUACUUAACAGCAUCUGCUAUGUUUAGGGGAAAAAUGAGUACUAAAGAAGUCGAUGAACAGAUGAUCAACGUCCAAAACAAGAACUCGUCGUACUUUGUUGAGUGGAUCCCUAACAAUGUGAAGUCUAGUGUGUGUGACAUUCCACCAACUGGGCUAAAAAUGGCAUCUACAUUUAUUGGGAACUCGACGUCCAUUCAAGAAAUGUUUAGGAGAGUGAGUGAGCAGUUCACGGCCAUGUAUAGACGAAAGGCGUUUUUGCAUUGGUAUACUGGGGAAGGAAUGGAUGAAAUGGAAUUUACUGAAGCUGAGAGUAAUAUGAAUGAUUUGGUUGCAGAAUAUCAACAGUAUCAAGAUGCUACUGCUGAGGUUGAGGAAGAUUUUGAUGAAGGUGUUGAAGAACAUUAUGAAGGCCAAUAACUUCUCAAAUUUUAGUAUCACAGAAUAUUGCUUUGUUUAUUUUUUGUUUGUGGAUUUGUUAAAUGCUUAUGUUUUUUUUUUUUUUAGAUUUAUUAUUGUUAUUUGGAUGAACCCUCUGUUUUAUUUGUUCUUUUGUGAAUGAAAAUUAAAUGUUAGAUAGUGAUUUGAAUAUGUAAAGGGAAAAGGGUUAAAAAAAAAUGUCUGUAUACGUGAAAUGAAUAGAAUUGUCCUGUGUAGUUUGAUUCAAAAAUGUAGUUGCCGUUAAUA